AUGAGUGAACCCGGAUCCAGUGAGACUUCUGCUUACUAUGAAACAACCACAAGCGGAACCUAUGAAAGUAAUGACAUUUAUGCGAAAGGUUCUAUUCAUCAAGCUCUUGUUGACGAAUUGAGAUAUCAAAAAAGAGUUCCAAUGCAAAAUGUCAUUUUGAAAAAACAAUCUUCCUCAUCAAGUUCAAUUCAAACCCCAGUAAAGGGAAUUUUAAUGAACGGAUAUAACUCACCCAGUUCAUCUCAAUACACAACGAAUUCAAACCCUUCUUCGAGGAAAUCAUCACCAAAGAGUGUUUCGAUUGCUCCCUCUGCCAAAAGCGAUGUCACCAAUGACGCGGGAAAUAAUUUAUUUAUUGAGGAAAUGAAAAAAGCAUUCUCAACUAUAGAUACAAACGGAGACGGCAAGUUAUCCAAAAAUGAGCUCGCUGUCGCAAUUCGAUCAUUUGGAAUGGAUCCUUCUGCCAAAGAACUAAAUGAUCUUUUUCAAAUGGCAGGAUCAAAAGAUGGUUUUAUCGAUUUUGAACAAUUCUCCUCUUUGAUGAAAAAAUCUGUCAACAUCGAGUUGUUUGAGGACGACAGAAAAAAGAAAAAGUCCAUCACAACCAUUUUUGACUCUAUCGAUAAGAACGGAGACGGAUUCAUCGAUCUACAAGAGUUUAAGGAAUUGUUGGAAAGUAUUCCAGGUGCAUCAAGAAUAAACCCUGAGAAAGACGUCCAAAUUAUGAAAGAAAUAUUAGCAAGUAUGGAUCAAAAUAAGGAUGGGCUAGUUGAUUUAAAUGAGUUUUAUGAAUGCAUGCUUAAGGAGAAGGAUUUCUUUGAAAAAUGUAAAUCACUCUUCGAACCUCAUCCCUUGCAAUACAUUAAUGUUUUCAAGAAUUUACCCUCUAGCUUUAGAACAUCCACAUUGUAUAGCCUCAAGCACACUGGAAAAUUUAAUACUUCUAAUUUUGUGACUCCCAACUUGAACGAAUCUGGAAUUAACUAUUUGGAUCUUACUUUGGACACAUGCUCAAAAAACAUUUUACCAAUCUAUGCAUCCAAUUUUAAAAUCACACUGAACCUUGCCAAGGGAGUUCCAUUGCCAAGAGAAAAUGUAAAGAUUAUUGAUCGAAAGGUAUACAUGAUUCUAGCAUCGAACGACAAGUACAUUAGCAACAUUCACCAAGUGUCAGCCAUUUGGUCACCCAACAAGUGUGAUGAAUGGUCCUUCACGAACAACACAGAAAGCAAUGUAUUGUUACGAACCAUGGUGGAUCAUGUGAAUACCUCACUCUUAUUAGAAUUUGUCAUUGUUGUUGAAGGUGAAAGAGGAGCAACACAUGAAAUUUGUUGCGGCCACACCUCUGUUCCACUCAACGGUGAUUACCAAAAUCCCAAAAACUAUGACUUUUUCUUAAUGGGAGGAAGCAUCAAAAAACCAGUGGAUAUCGCCCAAGAAGAUGUUAUUUUCAGUAAGAACAAUGUGGUUGGAAAACUUGGAGUGUUGUUUAAGGGAUUACCAAAACCUCAAAUUUCUCUAAGAAUCAUGGCAGUCACAUCGAUUCAGAAACAACAAAAAUUGUCGACUUGCCCUCCCAAUAUUGUGACCAAUUACUGUGGUUGGGAAAUUCUAUCGACGUAUCGAAAAGUUCUUGCCAAGAAAUUAUUUCCAACUCGAGUGCUGGAUGAGCGAAUGGUUGAAAGCACAAGUGCAGAACUUCGAUGGUUUCCUCAAUUAUUAGAUGAUAAGGAUUUAUGGUUACUCUUUCUAGAUAAAUGGCAAGCACUGUUGAAUGUUGCCAAGAAAUCCAAAGAUAAGAAACCUCAAGAGAGUGUUUUUUUGAAAUUAGUGCAUGACGUCAAGAGCGCAUUGUUUUGCACGAAUUUGCCAAAAUACACUGGACGUCAAACUGUAAUAUCCCUCUUCUUUGAGAGCCCGAAAGAAGUGUUGAACUCGAAUGGAUUAAUGUUCAAACCUUUUGAUGCUUCGGAAUGUGUACUCUCGCCCAUGUACAGCAAAACCAUUUUUGAACAAUUUUGCCUCCAAAAAUAA